AUGAGGCUCAUUCUACUUCUACUCAUCCUAGCUGUGACAACUCAAGCGGGCUUGCUGGACAUCGGUAAAGUGAAAGAUUUCUUUAAAGGAGGAAAAUACGGCGAGAAAAUCAAAAACGCGACACUCUUAAAGUUCAAGAAGUUAUUUGAAAAAACCGGCAUACUUUCCCUUGGCAGCAAGUUGUCCGAGAUGAGAAGCAAGCUGAUGAAGAAGCUCGAACUCUCAAAACUCAAGAAAGUAGAAGUUGACCGCAAGAUUAAGGAAAUCUUGGCCAAACGGGAUGAUACAGUGGAAAAGGCGAUUAACACAAUAUUCGAUAUCAGUGCUGGUAGCAACGUCGGCCAACUACUUUACCAAAGUGACAUCCUUCUGACGAAGAAACAAGCAGAAGAAGUCAUCGAAGGUAUCGAAGGAAAGAACGGUCAAAUGAAGAGACAAGCAUUCAAGGAUGACUUCUUCCCUGAUAACAAUUGGGUGGACGGAGUCUUUUAUAGAUUCGACGAAAGCAUAGAGCCCCAUUUCAUUUUGGUGCUCAAAAGUGAAGGCUGUUUCUCAGAAGUAGGACGAGUUGGCUUUGACCAGUGGCUUUCACUUGGUCAAGGUUGUGACCAGGUUCAGUCCGAUAUGCGAGAUGACUACCAAUUCUGCAAUUACUGGAUUGAAGCUACUGAAGGAAAAAGAAUUGAAGUUAAGAUCAAUGCGAUUUCACACGGCUAUGACCACGAGGGCUGCGUCUUAGGGGGUGUUGAAAUUAAAUCAAGUGAGGACCAAACGCGAACUGGCUAUAGAUUCUGCUCAACCAAGGAUAAAGAUACAGUUCUUGUUUCGGCCAGAAAUCGCAUGCCUGUGAUCAUGUUCAAUAGAUCCGGUGAACAGCAAAUCAUUCUAGAGUACAAAAUCGUAUAA